CAGCGGCAACCGUCAACAAACCCUGGGUCCCGGGGAAACGGAGUGAAAUGAGAGGAGCUCACUAAUCUGAUUCACAUAUUACUGAGAGUUCCUAGAAACUAAAGUCACUCAGAAUCAAUCUGGGCAUCUUCCAGACAGAAGACGAGAAUGAUCCCAACUGGAGGAGGGCCUUCGCCUGCUGCAGAAAUGGCACGACGCAGUUCGGAGAAGGCUCAAAUUCAAGAUAUAAAAGAGAGAUUUAGUAACUACAUCCGCAAUGUAAAGUCCAUGAGGAAUCAGCUAAAACAGGGUGACAACACAUCUGCAGUUCAGUAUCUCCAGGAAGAACUGAUCAUCAUUCGCAAUCUGUAUGAGAAGGAAAUUGGAGAGCUUCGAGAGAAGCUGGAGAAGAGCUAUCACGAAGGAAGCAGAGAUGGGUACAGUGGUCUGCCGAGCAAUUUGAUGGCUGAAGAGUACCAAAGCAGAAUUUUGGAGAUGAGCAGAGACAUUCUAAUGAAAGAUGAAGAAAACAGAGCCUUACAGCUGGUUGUGGCGCAGCAGGAGUCCGACGUCCAGUCGCUAAAAAGUUCUGCAAUAGCUCCAUCCAUACAACUGGACCUGGCCAAGCAAGAACUGAGGGAGCUGCAAGGGAGUAUUAGCAUGGCCCAGACAAAAUAUGAACAGGAGUUUUCUCAGCGUUUAGCCCUGCAGGACCAGUUGCGGGAACUGACACAUCACAUAGAGGAUAUAAAACAGAUACACGUGAAGGAGACACAAGAGCUGCGAGCCCAGGUUGCCCAGUCACAAGUACUUGUGUUGCAGUUGGAAGAUAAGUUGCGCUCUAUUAGCCGAGGAGGCCCGGCGCUGGUGGAGGCAGUACAGAGAAUACAAGAGGCCAGCGAGGCUGAAGUAAAGCGACUACACAGUGAAACAGAAAGUGUUUAUAACCAGAAUCUCCUGGAGUUACAGAUGCGGCUGAAUAAUGACCAGAUCCUGCUGGGACAGGCGCAGGAGGACAACCUGUGUUUACACCGAAGGGUAGAAGAAUUGACAACUGAGAUGACAACUAUGGAGAAAAAGCUCUUCGAGGAAGGGACCAACAGCCGGACUUUUAUUGUGAAGCUGGAAGCAGAGCAUAUGAAGGGCCUGCAGCACAUUCGGGCCCUGGAGGCCAGGCUGGAGGAGCUGCAGGAUCUUCUCCUAGCCAAGAUGAAGGAUUUGAAUACUUUUCAGGAAAGCAACAUGUCCCUACGGAGUGAACUGGAUGCUCUGAAGUCUAUGCUGGAGGAAGAGGAACACCAGAUGAGCGGCAGUAACUGGCACUUACCACAGACCACCUCAUCCUCCAAUCUACUGACUGAUUCCUUCCCAUUGUCUAUACACAACUUUAUUCCUGAGUACUACAGGACGACUGAAGUCCUUCCACCGAUGACUACAUCUAACUUCACUGAGCUGCCUGCUGCUAGGGAGGAAUGUUCCCAUAAAGAAGAAAACAUUGUUCCAGUGGAAGAUAUUCAAGACCAAAAAGAUCAUUUUAAAAGGUCAGCAUCUGCCCCUCUUCUGAAUGUUCAGACGCCAGACCUCGGCAAAAGACAAGACUCGUUUGGUUCAGUGAUGGACAACGUGAACCCUAAAUGCAUCAGCAAAACUCCACCACUGACCAUAAAUGACAGGAAACCUGCUGUCUCCAGUGCUAUUGGCAAUCUGGAAAUCUCUGAAGUCGACCCCAGUGGCAGUUUUGUAAGAAUCAUUAACCAGUCACAAGAUAAAGAGGAAGACAUUGGAGGGUGUCUUCUCCAGCAGAACAUUCGUGGUCACCCCAUGUCAUUCUAUCGAUUCCCACCAAAAACCAGAGUGAUGGCUCGCUGCGUGGUCACUGUUUGGGCCUCAUCAGCUGGUGCAGCUCACAAUCCCCCAACAGAUUUCCUGUGGAAGGAACAGAGAAAGUUUGUCACUGAACCACGCUGUACCACCAUCUUGUGUACCCCAAAUGGGCAAGCAUUGGCCUGGUUCACCCCCCUAACAAACAAAAUGAGAAAAUCAGUGGAGAAAAGUCUUGAAUCAGAACCCAGUUCACUGGCACACACCUCCGAGGAGCAGAAAGAUAGUGAAGAACCUAUAACAGAAGGAGAUGUACAGUCAUCAAAAUCCCCACAAACCCAUCACAGGCUAGAAAAAGUGCCAGCCUUACUAAAGAGAGAGAAGAUCACCCCUGCUGUCCUCCCAAUGUCUUCCAGCCCAUGGACACAGAGUACUGCUUCCCAGACUCACCCUGAUUUCACUCCCAGCCGAUUCAUACCCCUGGGAAGUGAAGGCAACAGUCAGUGUCGUCAGACAAGAUUAUCAACGCCCUCUUCAGGUGUCCCCAGCGCUGGAUCCAGACAUGGCAGGGAACAGGGCAUUAUCCCAGUAAGCAAGAAGAGCUGUGGGCCAACCCGGUCAGCGGGGCAGGCAGUAAGAGGAACUCUUAGACUUCUGCUCCCAGGAAGCUUUGCCCCGCUCUCUGCUCAGCACCAAGCAGGGUUACAGAUACUGCAGUCAGUGCAAAACCUUGACUUCCAACCUCCAAUGCCUCAGCCUCCAGCUCCUACCUCCUGGUGAUUGGACAGGCAAACUCCCGGGGAGUCCUGUAUUUGGGAUAUUCUGCACCCUCCGGCUCAGCUCUACACAAGUUCUUUGCAAACUCCUACAACAU